CACCAACCGUACGUAACUGCAGAUUUCUGGCUUUGGUAACACGAAGCUGACGCUACUCGGGGGCAUCACUUUGGCUCAAGCCAUUUUUGGUCACAACUGCACACGCGUACAAUCGAUUGUCCCUAGCGGCAGGCGCUGCGGCGACGAUGACCCACACGCCUUCCAUCAUGCGCGGACGCCACCUCGCAUUCCUGAUCCAUAACGUGCUGAAUUGUUAUGUGUGCGGCCAAGUAUUGUGGGAAGGUCGCGCCCAGCAAGGCGACAACGUCAGUGCGCAGGACAUACAACUUUUACAGGUUCUCUUUCUCUCGCGCCAUGAGGCCACCGAUAGUUGCAGCGCGUUCCGAUUCGCCAAGGCUGCCCCGUCUGCGUGCUAUCCAAGGGAUGGCGGAGCUUCUGACAGCCUCGCUGACACCGCCGCCGUCAGCGUUCGUGGCUUCGAAAACGACCAGGUCCAGCGCGCAGUGUCCUACUUGGGAGAUAACGCUUCGUUUGGGCACCUUGCGGCGGAUCUGGCCUUCGACACGAACGCCGCGUACAGGCCGACGCACGCGGACGACGAGGACGCAGCAGACCAGGCCAGCUUCUGGAAUGAGUUCGAGGAUGUGGUGACGGCCCAACUUCUGAGGAGGAACGGGGCCCUCACUCGCGAUAUCAUGUCCGUGCAUCCGCUCUUCGCCGGGGACACAAUGGAGCAGUCCGCCCAGCGCGUCCGUGCGGACUUCCCCACGCAGUUUCCUACGGAGCAGAUCAUGAGCUACUUGGGCAGCAUGGCGCUCACAAUGGACCCGGAAAUCUUCGGACAGGCCAGUUGCGCGAGCACGGUCGAGUUUGUGAACGGCCCAGUUGCUCUGGGGAGGAUUAUCGGCUGGGCGAUCGCAGAGGUGUCGCCCGCCGCCUUCGGGUGCAAGUGGUACGUCGGCCGCGCGCGGCCCGAGGAGGUUGCGUACAACCUCAGCCAGGGGGGGUUGAGCCAGGCCCCGGCCAACGUCAGGGCGAUGGUGGACGGCAUGGGCUUGACCACGCGCGAGUCUUUCACCGCCUAUUCAGAAGGGUGCCCCGUGCACCCAGCUUGGCCGGCUAUGCAUUCGGCGGCCUCCUCUCUGUCGACUUGGCUUGACGUCGUGGCCCUCCUGACCCCAGCGCAGCGCAAUGAGGUGCGACUCCUGGAUUACUCUGUUGCUUACUUCCGCACGUUCGCAGGCGUUCACUACGAUUCUGACAACCGUGCCGGCCUGGCGCUCGGCCAGAAGAUCGUGAGGGAGAAGUUGCCGGACUACCUCUCGGAGAAGAACGGCUGCGACGCCGCCAGCAAGGCCACGAUCAGGGCGCACGUGCAGACCAAGAUUGCGUCGCUGGAGGUUCUGGAUUGGGCAACUUGGACGCCCGAUCAUUGGAUUCGCCCCUCCGCAUACUACUCCUCGCUCCGACGCCGACAAGCGGAUCGCGUCCUGCCCAAGAGCCAGAGCGGAGCAUCCCUGUCUUCCACAGAUACGACUGCGGCUAGCGCGAAGCCGUCUGUGGCGCUGUGGGCCGGAGGAUCCCACGGCAGCCCGAGAACCGCCCAACGGAAGGCGCUGGCGGGCAACGACGGGUGCACCGAGUAUCGUUUUGGAAAAGCUGCUGAAGGCGCAUGUUACCCGCGGAGCGGUGGAGCCUCCGACAGCUUGAGGGAGACUGCCGCCGUCAGCGUCCGCGGGUUUCACGGUAACGACCAGGUCCAGGCUGCUGUGUCCUUUUUGGGCGCGAACGUUUCGUUUGCACAAGUCGCUGCCGACUUGGGUUUCGACGCGAAUGUUGCACUCAAGCCGACGCACGCGGACGACGCAGACGCCGCCGACAAGAGUAGAUUUUGGGCGGAGUUCGAGGAGGUGGCGGCAGCCCAGCUUCUGAGGAUUCAAAACCGCAGAACAGAAGAGAUCAUGUCUGUGCAUCCACUCUUCGACGGGGAUACUAUGGAGCAGUCUGCCCAGCGCGUCCGAGCUGACUUCCCCCCGUUCUUUCCGACGGAGCAGGUCAUGGAUUAUUUUUUCAACAUGUCGCUGACGUUGGACCCGGACAUCUUCAACCAGCCCAGUUGCACAAGCCGUGUCGAGUUUGUUAACGGCCCGGUGGCUUUGGGAAGGAUUAUCGGUUGGGCGAUCGCCGAGGUGUCGCCCGCCUGCUUCGCUUGCAAGUGGGCCGUCGGUCGCGCGCGACCCGAGGAGGUCGCGUACGGAGUCGUCCAGGGCGAGCUUCCCGAUGCCCCCAUGCGCGUCAAGCAGAUGAUGGCCGACUUCGUGGCCGCCAAGCCUGUGAACAGCGCCGAGGACUUCACCGCGUACACCGAGGGCUGCCCUGUGCACCCAGCCUGGCCCGCCAUGCACUCCGCCGCUUCCAGCUUGUCCUCGUGGUUGGACGUCGUUGCCAUCCUCACCCCCGCGCAGCGCGAGGAGGUGCGGCUGCUGGACUUCUCUGUCGCGUUCUUCCGCACCUUCGCGGGCGUUCACUAUGCGACGGAUAACCGCGCUGGCUUGGCGCUUGGGCGGAAAAUCGUGGAGUCGAAGUUGCCCGACUUCUUGGCCGAGACGUACGGCUGCGACGCGGCGUCCGCAUCCGCGAUCAGGGCGCGCGCCGCAGCCAAGAUCCAGUCAUUCAAUUCGGACACCCUGAGCGGGCACCCCUUCAGCUGGGCCACUUGGACACCCGAGAAGUGGAUCAGCCCAACGCAGUUCUUUGACGCAUCCGGCAGCGCCAUCGGUGACCCACACAUGCGGAACAUGUUUGGUCAGAGCUUUGACAUCGCACGGACUGGCGAGCACGUGCUCAUCAAUAUUCCACAAAGAUGUGACCCAGAUGAGACUCUUCUUCGCGUGGAUGCGGAGGUGCGGAGCGACCGACGUGCACAUUGCGCGACCGACAUGUACAUCAAGGCGCUCAACAUCACUGGUGCGUGGGCCAAGAAGCAGCAGACGAAUGGCUUCAGGUAUUUGGCGAGCCAUCGUGGUCAGCGCCAGCCAUGGAGGUGGUUCGGCAAGGUUGAGCUGAAGGUGGCGUGGGGCCGCACGCGCGACGGGGAAGAUUACCUUAAUUUCUAUGUCCGCCACUUGAGCAAUGUUGGUCACGCGGUCGGGGGUAUCCUCGGCAUCGACGAUCAUUCAGGGGCAUCAUCCCCGGACGAGAGGUGCAAACGCUCCCACACGCUCGCUCUCUAAUUACGCGGAUUAAGUUGAAUGCUCGUGCUGCGCUUGCGAGCUGACACUAAGAGCUCGUGUAGACUCUGUAUGAUUCACAAAUUGGUUUUAUGCCUGUGUGGAGCAGUGUCGUAUAAGGGCAUCAAGAGGGCCCCAAAGGGCCCCAACGAACACACCCCGAACUCACGCCGACACGCGCGCCACGGCAUCCCUGCGCGGCGUAACAGCAACAGAGCAUAUUCCACAUGCUUGGUGGACUCAAGCGACGCUUCCCGUUUGUGUCCGGUCAUGUUUUUUGCCGCGUGCGAAUGGGGCGAAAUGGCGACGCAAUGCAGAGCGCCGCACCUGUUGGCCCUCGCGACCUUGCCAUGUAAGUGCAGCAAGCCGACAGGACUCGUGAGCUGUUUUUGUUGUCGCCCACGUUUCACUUCUGCGUGUUCAUUGCCCUUUUCUUGUUUUGUUUGUUUUCUUCUUCUCUCCCUCUGUUAUAUUAAGCCCCGCUAUCUUAAGCAGGAGGCGAUGAUAUCUUUGGCGCUUUCGCAGCUGCAACUUUCGCGAGAGACAGCUGCUGCGCAGGUGCCCAGAGUCUGUUCGAAAAACCAGGCUGCAGAGGCGGCCGCGAUUCGCACAUUCGUCGGACUCGCUGGCCCUCUGGCUGUUGCCUUCCUGCUGUCUUUCGAACAAAGGACUUCAGGGGGCGUCAGAACUGGCUCCGGGAGGCGCCCGAGAAGCAUGCCAAGAGGCCCCAAAAGGAUAUUUCAGCAGCACUGGCGACGGACCCUGCCUUGUGCAUGCGCGUGCAGCGCAGGGCGCGGCUGCCGAAUAAUCCGGGUGCCCCCCGCGCGAGCACGCCCACUGAGGCCGCGGGUGAAGCUCCAUUUGGGGCAUCUCCCGGGUGCAGUGAGACGAUUUUUGUAUCCACCCAAGGGACACACCCCGAACUCACGCCGACACGCGCGCCACGCCCUUUUCUUGUUUUGUUUGUUUGUUUUCUUCCAUUCUCCCUCCAUUAUAUUAAGCCUCGCUAUCUUAAGCAGGAGGCGAUGAUAUCUUUGGCGCUUUCGCAGCUGCAACUUUCGCGAGAGACAGCUGCUGCGCAGGUGCCCAGAGUCUGUUCGAAAGACCAGGCUGCAGAGGCGGCUGCGAUUCGCACAUUCGUCGGACUUGCUGGC